AAUCCAAAUGUCUCAUUCUACCAAAGAAUACCUCCCCAUCGUUUUCGCUGAUCUCUAAAUCUCUACUAAAAUCUAACCAAACGAGUAUUACAUCGAAGAGAAGUAAUAACAUAAUCUUAUCAAGACUCCCAAUCCUCAAAUAACACCACCACUCAACUUCUCAACCUAAAUUGUCCUAAGUCACAACGCCAUCCAAAUCCCAAUAGGAAAUACUAAAUCAUCAGAAUGCCAUUAAAAAAAUCGUGUUCCCCAACAUACUCCAAAGAACGAAAUAAGAUAUCAAAAAAUAUCGAAAACAUCAACUCUCUUUGAUAAGCGAUGAAAUUUCAAACUCACAACCUAUUAUCCAAUUAGAACAUAAAAAAAUAAGCAAAACCAAUAGCUAAUCUCCGCUUAAAUUGCAUUCCUAAUAACCAAGUUAUAUUAGCAAUUAUCCAAUAAGAACCGAUCUUUCUUCUUUGAUAUUCGAUAAUAAUUUAGAAUCUUAAUCAAAUGAUUCGAUUGUCAAGUUUCGUAAACUAAGGUAACUUGUAACUGAUAACUUAGUCCAACUUUCAAUGAAACAUCAUGGUAAAAAGUAGACAAAGUCAACAGAAUCAAUUUGGCUCAUGAAGUCUAAAAAGAAAUACAUCAUUUGGAAAGAUUCAAUGCAUAUUGGAAGCCAGAUAUGAUUAAUUAAUAUCUAUAGCUAAAAAUCGUGCAUUAAGGAGUGAACUAGAAAAGAGGCAACAAGAGAAUAUUUAUAUUAAUGUACCUUCCUCAUCAAACUCUUGUUUUAAAAAGUUCUCAAGUUGAAGUAAAAAAUAGGUUUUAUUUUAUAACAAUUUAAUAGUCCUUUAUCAUUAUAACUAAAUGCUUUGACAUACUUUGUUCCACUUUACGAGAAGAUUAGCAAUUAGAGUGAACUAACAGAUAAUUACAAUAUAUGGUCAAAGCACUUUUUAGAUUUACUACAUUACAAGCAACAUAUAAACACAGUAAAGUUUUACUUUUUAGACGGCAAAGAACUUUAAACAUUGAAUUAAAUACCUUCUUAUGAAAAAUUUAUCUAUUGCAACUUACAUGUAAUUGAAUGAGCAAUAAUAUAUAAUAGGGAGAAUUUGAUCUUUGGAAUAGAGUUGGAUAAACUUUAAAUUUAGGAGGACAAUUCUAAUUAGAUAAAUAUGUCAAAUUGGCCACAAAAAUGGUAGAUUUAAGAUAGAAGGAUGAUAUUCUUAAAUUUUUUGGUAAGAGAGAUAACUUUCUACCUUUUUAUUCAAUGGCUUAUAAUUAAGAAGAUGAAUGUGCAAAAUCUCCUAUUUUACAAUAAAUAGAAAUGAUUUAGCAGGAUGCAGAUGAUGAAUAAUUGAAUGAUGAAGUGAUUGAUUAAUCUAUCUUUCAGAUGAAUUAGAAUCAACAGAAAGCGUAUUUAAAAACAAUAAAGCAAUUUAUUCAAUAAAAUAAAACUAAAUACUCGCAAACAUUGGCUAAUGAAGAAGCUGGUAUGAGGCAAAGAAAAAAGAAUAUUAAAGAAAUUAGAAGAAAAUCAAUAGAAAUUAAAUUAAAAGGAGUAUUCUAUUAUUUAUAACAUUUAAUUAGUAAAAGUAAAUGUUGGAUCUUAAUGAGGAAACUCAUAUAGAAAUGAAAUUAUUACAUGAGGACACUUAAUCCAUUGAUGAAAUUAAGGAAGAUGCAGUGGAUAAAGUAGAUGUGUUUAAGAAUGCAAUAUAUAAAAAGUUACCAAAAAAAAUUGAAUUAACCAAUGAUCCAUUUUCAAGCUUCUCUUCAAAAGACAAUAAAAAAUUUAAAGAAAUUAUGAAAUUGAUUAAUAUAGAACAAAUAGUAUUGGAGAAAAAGCUGAAUAGAUAGGAUGUUAUGCAUUACCUGUCUUUAUUCAAAGCUCUAAUGGAUUCAGAUAAUCUGAAUUAUUUCACUACCAACCAAUUAGAUUAUCCUUCCUUAUACAUUUCAAGGGAACAAUUAAAAAAAAGCUUGCCCUAUAUAAUAUUGUAUAAAAAUCAGUUGAAUACUGGAAAAUUAAAUGAAAUAUAUGAGAGACAAUAUAACUAUGUUGAAUUCUUGGAUUUCUUGGAUAUCUUUACUACUGAAUACAUAGUCUCAGAGAAGGAAUUGGAAAGAUUAAAAAAUUAGAAAUAAGAUGCAUAUUGA